AUGCCUUCUAGAAUCUUGCCCGGCAAGCAUAUGCCUGCACAGGGCCACCAGCGCAGAGAGGCAGACUACUGGCAAAAUGCUCUUGCCGACUGCAAAUGCGCGACAUUCCCAGCGAUCCCGGAGACAGUUGAGCAAUGUUUGCCCGAUGCACUGGUAGAGCAUCGGUUUGCGAAGCUUCAGCAAAACGGCGCAGCCACGUCCAUGUCCAAUGUUGCUCGCGCGGCAUGGGCCCUGGUUGUUGCACGCAUCACGAAUUCGGAUGACGUCGUCUUCGGCGCCGUCGUCUUUGGAACCACUCGGGACUCAAACAUGACGAUAGUGCCUGUGCGUAUCGAGACGGCCAUGGACCUCACGAUCGCAGCUUAUUUGGGCAUGGUCCAGCAGCAGGAAGAGGACAUGACUCCGUUUGAGCAGACGGGGUUAUCAAGCAUCAUGCAGACUUGCCCCGGUGCUCAGCAGGCCUGCCAGUUCCAGUCGCUGCUGGCCGUUCAUUCACACGAGAGCAACGGCGAGCGCCUGGACGACCAGAGAUAUGCUCUCGUACUGGAGAUUCGACCGGAAGAGGACCAAUUCUCCGCAUUGGCAAGGUUCGACUCGCGCGUCAUGGACCACAAGACGGUGGAGAGAUUGCUUGAACGGUUCGAGCUUGUCAUGACGGAGCUCUGCCGUGGAGGCCCCAAGAUGAGGGUUCAGGACAUCCACAUGGCCGGCAAGCAUGAUGAAGAAGAAAUUUGGAAAUGGAAUGCGACGGUCCCGGAAGCAGUUGAACGUUGCCCUCACCAUAUAUUCGAGCAACGAUCACGAGCUCAUCCCAACAAGCUCGCCGUACACGCCUGGGACGGUGUCUUGACCUACGGUGAGCUGGACCGCCUGUCCGGGACCCUGGCCGGACGGCUCUUGGAUUUGGGCGUUGGCCCCGAUGAUCUGGUGCCAUUGUGCUUUGAGAAAUCAAUGUAUACAGUCGUUGCCAUGGUUGCCGUGCUGAAGGCCGGUGCUGGUUUUGUCUUACUAGACCCAGCCCUGCCCGAGCAGCGUCUUCAGAUUAUUGUCGACCAAAUUCAGGCAAAAAUCAUGGUGUCAUCCGUCUCGACGUAUGAAAUGAGCUCAAGAAUGGCGUCCGAGGUAGUCGCCAUCAGCUCCGGCUUCUUCUCAGAGGUUGAGCCUCGGCCUUGUACACAGUCACACCCUCCCAGCCCAUCAUCCGUCAUGUACGUCGUCUACACCUCGGGCAGCACCGGGACGCCCAAAGGCGCAGCCAUUACCCAUCAAAAUCACGCCACAGCCCUCUAUUACCAGGCAGAGCGGUUGGGCCUGACGGACCAGUCGAGAAUCUACGACUUCUCCUCGUACAGCUUUGAUAUAUCAAUAUUCAACGCGUUUUCUGCCCUAACGCUCGGAGGAUGCUUGUGUGUCCCCAGCGACUACGAACGGCAAGAUAAAUUAGCAGAGAGCAUAACAUCGUACAACGCCGACUUUAUAUACCUAACACCGACUGUAGCUCGGCAAUUAUCCCCGCAGAAGACGCCUACUCUCCAGACCAUAGCCUUUAUCGGCGAGGCUCUGCAUCCAAAGGAUGUCGGCAUCUGGUGGGACAAGGUGCGAGUCGUCAACGCAUAUGGGCCAUCCGAGUGCACCACAGCAAGCACCCUACGAACCAGUCCCUCGACCCCCGAGGAAGCCUGCAGCAUCGGCAAGGGCGCGGGAAUGGUAACAUGGAUCGUGGACCCCAACAAUCACAAUGUUCUCCUCCCACCUGGCUCUAUUGGCGAGCUGCUCCUCGAAGGACCCCUCAUCGGCCGUGGCUAUCUUGGUGACGCGAAAAAGAAUGCUGCCGCGUUUAUCAAGGACCCUGCGUGGCUGAUAAAAGGUGCAUCUGGCAGCAAAGGACGUAGCGGACGCCUCUAUAAGACGGGGGAUCUUGUACAAUACCUAGCCGAUGGAAACCUCAAGUUUAUCGGGAGAAAUGAUAACCAGGUCAAGAUCCGUGGCAACCGCGUGGAACUCGGCGAGGUUGAGCACGCGCUCCGGGAUUGCGUCGAAACCAGGAGUGUCGUCGCUGAGAUUAUUAUCCCACGGGGGAGCAAGUCGAGUGCGACGCUUGCAGCAUUCCUUGAAGCCGAGGAAGAGGAAGAGGACGACACCGAGUCCGAGGUGACCGCGAGGAUGUUGCCGGUGCCGGCGGAGAUCAAGGACAAGAUGGCUCAGCGUCUUCCCAUCUACAUGGUACCGACGGUCUUGUUCUCGAUGAAAAGGCUGCCCAUGACCGCGUCGGGAAAGAUACACCGCAAACAGCUGCGCGACAUUGGCGGACGCUUUUCUGCGCGGCAGAUGGUCGAGAUGCACACCAAGGGGCGAGCAAAGCGACAACCACUAUCCGAGGUUGAGAAGCAGGUGCACAGGAUAUGGUCACAGGUUCUUGGUAUCGAUGCGUCCAUGAUUGGGCUGGAUGAUAGCUUCUUCGAGCUCGGUGGCGACUCGCUCGGUGCCAUGGAAGUCGUGUCAGAGGCUCGCAAGGUAGGUCUUGAGCUGACAGUCGUAGAUAUUUUCAAGCACCGUAGCGUCGAGAAUGUCGCAGGACAAGCCCGGCGUACGACAAAUGGAUCUCUCGAAGCUCUUUCACCAUUCUCCCUCAUUAGCAAGGACACUGAUGUCGCAUCGUUGAUACAAGACAUGGCGAUGGACUAUGAACUGGACGGGGCAUCGAUACAAGACGCGUUCCCCUGCACAUCCCUUCAAGAAGGUCUUGUAUCGUUGACCUCGAAAUCACCAGGAGACUAUGUCAUGCAGGGGAUCCUAGAACUAGCACCCGAUAUUGACGUUGAUGCUUUCCGAAAUGCAUGGGAGCAGGUCGCCACCGCGGGUCAGAUUCUUCGAACAAGAAUCCUGCAAUCUAGGCAUCACGGAACUCUGCAGAUAGUUGUCGAUGAGAGUGUUUCAUGGGUGGAAGCAACAGAUCUGGACAGCUACCUCGCCGAAGACAAGAAGAAGCCCAUGGAAAUUGGCCAGCCUCUGGUGCGAUAUGCUCUCAUCAAGGACGACAACGCUGCCACGAGAUGGUUUGUGUGGACCAUUCAUCACUCGCUUUUCGAUGAAUGGUCCCUGACUCUCAUCAUUGACGCCGUGACGCGGGUGUAUCAGGGCAAGUCGAUAACCAUGCCUCACUUUCAGCCCUUUAUAAAGUACGUCGAGAAGCAGAGGGAUGAGAAAAUGGCCAACUACUGGCGCCAGUCUCUCGCAGACUGUGAGUGCCCUUCCUUCCCGGCGCUUCCUCCAUCCCUGGAGCAGCCGGUGACGGAUGGAGUGAUGGAGCAUGCUCUGCACCACCCCCAGCACGAUUCAAGUGUCACGGCGUCAACAAUAAUUCGAGCUGCGUGGGCACUCAUCACGUCCCGCAUGACAAACUCGGACGAUGUUGUGUUUGGUGCUACCUUGUCCGGAAGAGGCGCCGCGGUGCCCGGCGUGGAAGCCAUCGCCGCCCCAACCAUUACCACUGUCCCCGUCCGAAUAAGACUAUCCAGGGAGCAAAAGGUUGCAGACUAUCUCAAGACAGUGCAAGAACUUGCCACCGACAUGAUACCGUUCGAACAGAUGGGACUGCAGCAUAUUGCCAAACUCAGCCCUGGCGCACGGCAGGCCUGCAACUUCCAGACGCUGCUCGUGAUUCAACCACACGACAGCAGCAAGACACAAGAGGUGCUUGGAAAGUGGCACCUCAGUAACCAACAGCAGUCGUUCAACACGUACAGUUUGAUUCUGGAGAUUCAGCUUGGAGAGACCAUGGCAGCCAGAGCUAGCUAUGACUCCCGGGUGAUCAAGCCAUGGCUGGUCGAGAGACUACUGGAGCGACUCGACUUUCUCAUGGAUCAGCUUGAUAACGCAGAGCCUGAUCAGGCUGUGGCAGAAGUCGACACUGUCUCCGGUAAAGAUAUCGAGCAGCUAUGGAACUGGAAUCGCACCGUCCCGACAACAUCUGAGCUGUGUAUCCACCACGUAUUGGAGACGCAGGCACAUUCGCGCCCCGAUUCACCAGCCCUCUGUGCCUGGGAUGGACAAGUAACCUAUAGGGAGCUCAAUCACCUUGCUGCACAACUAGCAACUCACCUUGUCAAGCGUGGGGUUGGCCCCGAGGUACUUGUUCCGCUGUACUUUGAAAAGUCAAUGUGGACAAAUGUCGCGAUGCUCGGUGUUCUCAAGGCAGGCGGUGGCUUUGUGCUUCUCGACCCGUCGCUUCCCGAGCAGCGUUUGCAGGAAAUGAUACGACAGACCAAGGCCAAGCUGCUGGUGUCAUCAAGAUCGAAUCAGAGUGCCAGCUUGCGCCUGGUACCAGAAGUCGUCACUCUUGGUUCAAAGUUUUUCGCCGAACUCGCGAGUGAGCCCGACAUGAACGGCACCAAGGGCCACAAGGAGACCAUCGGCCAGGCUACCCCGUUCUCUACAGCAUACGUGCUGUUUACGUCUGGCAGCACGGGAACUCCAAAGGGCGUGGUCAUCACCCACAGCAACGUCACCUCGGCUGUUCCCGAGCACGUCAGAUGCUUGGGAUACACUGCUGCCUCGAGGAUCUAUGACUUUGCAUCGUACAGCUUUGGUGCUUCACUCAAUAAUGCCUUUGCGGCCCUCAUGGCUGGGGGUUGCCUGUGCAUCCCGAGUGACGAAGACCGCAGAAGCAACUUGGCGGCAAGCUUGACGGCUCUCAAGGGGACGUCGAUCCUUCUCACUCCCUCCGUCGCCGAGUCCUUGUCCCCCGACUCGGUCUCCGGCUUGAAGACUCUCAUCUUUGGGGGUGAAGCGGUGCGACACAAAGACGUGAAACCUUGGUGGGGAAAGGCAAAGGUCCUCACCGCGUACGGAUCGAGUGAGGUCACAACCGUCGCUACGGUCAAUACGCAGGCCUCCAAUAUGGACGAGGCAGCCGAGAUAGGGACAGGGGCUGGCGGCGUAACCUGGGUAGUUGACCCGGAUGACCACCACAAGCUUCUGCCACCGGGGUGCAUUGGUGAGCUGCUCCUGGAAGGGCCGCUCGUUGGAUCGGGGUACCUCGGAGAUGCCAUCAAGUCCGCAGAGGUCUUCAUCAAAAACCCCCCGGCAUGGCUGUUAGAGGGAGCCUCUGGCCACCAGGGACGACGUGGCGUGCUCUACAAGACCGGCGACUUGGUACGAUAUAACGAGAACGGAAACCUGUCCUACAUCGGGAGAAAGGACGCCCAAGUCAAGAUCCGCGGACAGCGCGUCGAGCUGGGCGAGGUCGAGUUCAGAGUCCAGCAAUGUUUUCCCGAGGCAAAGCAAGUCGCGGCCGAAGUCGUCGUUCCUUGCGGAAAGAAGUCGAGUCCCACGUUGGCUGCAUUCCUUGUGCUCGAUGACGCCCAGCAGGCCUCGUCCUCGUUUCAGACACUGCCCGUCGACACAGACAGGAUGGAGCAGCUGGCCAAGCAGCUGCCGAGCUACAUGGUGCCGGUGCUGUUCUUGGCCAUUAAGGAAAUGCCCAUGACGGCCAGCGGCAAGAUGAACAGGAGACGGCUGCGCGAGCUCGGAGGCACCGUCACCGCCCAACAGCUGGCAGACCUGGGCACCAGCGGGCAGGUAGCCAAGCGCCAGCCAAGGACGAAGCUCGAGAGGCAGCUCCAGGCACUCUGGGCUCGCGUCCUCAACAUUGAUGCGUCGGCCAUCGGACUCGACGACAGCUUCUAUCGCCUCGGCGGCGACUCCAUCUCGGCCAUGCAGGUCUCACACGGCGCGCGCGCGUUCCAUGUGCACAUUGGCGUUGUUGAUAUCCUCCGACAAAGGACCAUAUCCAACCUGGCCCAGGCCACAGGCACCCAGGGAAGCACCAACGGUGCCACACUCAUCAACGCACAUGCGCCCGACCAACCAGUGACAAGAGUUGAUAACGGCCCAGCACAGUUGAGCCCGAUCCAGAGACUGUACUUCGUUCUGCAGAAUGACCCGACAGCUUGCUUUGACCAGUUCUUUUACCUCGGUUUGCGCAGGACCACGAGCCAUCAACUCGUGUCGGCGGCGCUGGAGACGAUUGUCCGCAGACACGGCGUCUUGCGUGCUCGCUUCCGCCAAAAUGACCAUGGAGGCUGGGAGCAGCGCAUCAGCGACGACGUUGAUGCAUCUCUGCUGUUUCGGGUCGAGUCGGGCGUGUCUGGGACGGCCGAAGCCAUCGCCAAAAGUCGUGCGGCAUUGAGCAUCACCGAAGGGCCCAUCUUUUCCGCCGUGCUCUUCGACAAGCCGGACCAUCAGACUCUCUUUCUCACAAUACACCAUCUUGUCAUUGAUUUGGUGUCCUGGAGGGUGCUGAUGCAGGAGCUGGAGGACAUUAUCACAAACGGACCUCUGACGGCACCGCCUUCGAUGGAUUUUCCCACUUGGAGCGCCAUGCAAGCGCAGUAUGCCAAAGAAAGUCUGCACGCAAAUGCCCCCGAUCUGCCUGAGAGCCAGACAAACAUGGCAUACUGGGGAAUGGAGUCUAAUCCCAACCUAAAGAGCGGUGCCAUUGUCGAGCACUUCACCAUGGACGAGCCGACCAGCUCGCUCAUUCUCGGCCGCUGCAAUGACGCCCUAGGGACGCGUCCCCUCGAACUCAUGAUAGCGGCGCUCGCUUACUCGUUCAGUCGCAUCUUCAGUGAUUGUGCGCUUCCAGCAGUCUUCAGCGAGGGUCAUGGUCGUGAGGUUUGGCAUGACAGCCUCGACAUCACCACCACCCUGGGAUGGUUUUCCACCAUUUUCCCCGUUCGAGUUUCCCCAGGCGCGAAUGGUCUCAUCGACUUCAUCCGCGAAACAAAGGACUGUAUACGAAGCUUGUCGCGCAAUGGCUGGUCAUAUUUUACCUCCCGAUUUGCGGAUGAGAGCAACGCCAGCCGAUUUGGAACCGACUUUCCCGUCGAGGUCAUGUUCAACUAUGCGGGCUUUUAUCGCAACCUGGAGCGGCAGGACGGCCUUUUCGAGCAGCUCAGCGUCCCAGAAAACUGCGACCCGCCCUCUUGCCGGGACGUACGAAGGUUCGCCCUAUUUGACUUUGACGUACAGGUCGUCAGAGGGUGCAUCGUGGGAGAAGUCGAGUUCCACAAAGACAUGCAUCACAGGGACGACAUUAUGAGAUGGAUUGGCGAGUAUCAAAGCACCCUGAGGCAGAUGGCAACAGACCUGCCCAGAAUUUCUCCCGGAUGGACUUUGAGCGACUUCCCCAAUGUCUUCAACACUUACGGGGAUAUCCAAGAGUUCCGCAACCAAACCCUGGUGCAGCUCGGGGUCGAGCCCCUUGAUGUAGAGGAUAUAUUCCCCUGCGCUCCUCUGCAACAAGGCAUCAUACUCGCUCAGGCAAAGGAAGAGGCCAACUACCUACGGUGGUGCGACAUCGAGAUAGAGCUCGACGCAAACCAGCAGCUGGACCGGGCGAAGCUCACCGACGCUUGGAAGGCUGUCGUCAAGCGACACGCGAUGCUGCGUGCUGUGCUGGUCGACGACUUUCCAGGAAGCAGCCGGCCCAUGCAUGUCGUGCUGAAAGACCCUGAACUUGGCAUCUCAUGGGGGGCCGAGACCAUGUGCUUUCCAGAUUUCAACAAGUAUGGCCUUCAACAUCGGCUGCAGGUGUGCUCGUUUGGUGAGAGGCGGGCUCGUCUGCGGCUUCACAUGAACCACGCAAUCACCGAUGGCUUCUCGCAGAGCCUGUUGUGUAAAGAUCUUCAGGCUGCCUAUCAUGACCAGCUCGAGGCUGCCGGAUCGUACAAGGAUUUCAUCUUACAUCUGGAAAACCAGUCACAGGAGGCCAGGUUGGAGUUUUGGUCCCAGUACUUGGCUGGUGUUGAACCGACCCUUUUCCCAACAUCGGACUGUACAAUCCCCUCCAAAGUCGAGCAAGUCGCCGUGCCAAAUCUCGACUCUGAAAGCAUUCGCGCCUUCUGUGCGAAAUGGGACGUAACCGCUGCGACAAUUAUGAAGCUGGCGUGGGGUCUUGUGCUCGGCAUGUACGCUGCAACUCCGGCACCCUGCUUUGGAAACCUAUACUCUGGUCGAGAUAUACCAGUUGAAGGCAUCGACAGCAUAUUUGGACCUCUGAUCGGAAUGAUUCCAUGCUGCAUUCACUUGAACGGGUCCAAGGGGGUUCUUGACACCUUGAAGGAGGUUCAGACUGACUAUCUCAGCACGAUCCCAUAUCAGCACUCCCCUCUGGCUGAAGUCCACAGGGCAGCUGGGCUUCUUGGCUCACGUCAGCUGUUCAAUACGUUGCUGUCGUACCAGAAGAAUACCGAUGAGACACGCGGAAAUGAAGGUGGACUGACGGUCCGGGUUGCGGACAGCUAUGACCUGACAGAGUAUGACGUGACAAUUGACGUCGUUGAUGGCACCGCCGAAAUCGAGGUUCUGAUCGACUUCAGAGCAGGUUGUCUCUCGACCAACGACGCAGCUCGACUAGCAGCCUGCUUCAGUGCCGCCGUUUCCGACAUUGUAGCCAACCCCUUGAAGCCGACCAAGGAUCUCUGCUUGCUAGGAAGACGUGAUCUGGACAUAAUAUGGGGAUGGAACAGCACUGUGCCCGCAGCUGAUGAGCGAUUUGUCCAUGAUCUAAUCCGAGAACGCAGCUUGGCCCAGCCACAUGAACCAGCCAUAUGUGCCUGGGAUGGCGAGCUUUCGUACAAGGAAUUGGACGAUCUUUCCACCAGACUGGCCGGCCAUCUUCAUCAAGUAGGAGUCCAGCCUGGAGCACUAGUACCGCUGUGCUUCGAGAAAUCAUUGUACACGUCUGUGGCGAUGCUCGCCGUGGUCAAGAUGGGCGCAGCUUUUGUUCUACUAGAUCCCUCUUUGCCAGAGCAACGACUACAGUCCAUGACUCAACAGGUUGGAAGUAACCUCAUCCUAUCCUCAGCCUCCAACCGGCAUCUUUGCGCCCGCCUGUGCAAGACGGUUGUUCAGGUCAGCGCAGACUUCAUUCCCACCACGACCUCUUCAAUUCCAAGGCCAAAGACGGAGCCGCAUUCGACCGCCAUGUUCGCCGUCUUUACCUCGGGAAGCACCGGCACUCCAAAAGGCAUAGUUCUUACACAUACCAACUUUACCACUGCUUUGAUGCAUCAAGCCGAAGCUCUUGGAUUCAAGGAAACAUCUAGAGUCUUUGAUUUUGCGUCGUAUGCUUUCGACCUGGCCGUCCACAAUGCUUUCGCCACCUAUGUCACUGGUGGUUGUCUUUGCGUUCCUUCUGAUGAAGAUCGUAGAGGAAACCCUGCCAGCGUCAUGAAGGCGAUGCGAGCCACGGUCGUGGAGCUGACGCCUUCGGUAUCCCGUCUGAUUGAUCCAGCGACACUGCCAGAUCUGGAAACCAUAAUUAUGGGCGGCGAGGCCCUGUCUGUUGACGAUGUGAACAGAUGGUGGGGGAAGGCCCGGAUCGUGAAUAUCUAUGGACCGGCGGAAACACACAUCAGCACCGUCAAUGCAGAUGCACCGAGCCCCGAGGAGGCUACUCUCCUGGGCAAAGGAUCAGGUCUUGUGACCUGGAUCGUCGACCCUGAGAACCGAAAUCGUUUGAUGCCGCCGGGAUGCAUCGGCGAACUGGCUCUUGAAGGUCCUCUUGUUGGUCAGGGCUACUUGAACGAUGCGCAAAAAACGGCUGCGUCGUUUGUCGACGAUCCCGCAUGGCUGUUGCAAGGUUCCCCAGGCCACUCGGGAAGACACGGCAGAGUCUACUUUUCAGGAGAUUUGGUGCGCUAUCAAGAUCAUGGAAGUUUGGCAUUUGUCGCCCGUAAGGAUGCACAGAUCAAAAUCCGUGGCCAGAGGGUUGAGCUGGGUGAGGUUGAGCACUGCGUCCAGCAGUGCCUACCCGAGGCAAUACGGGUGGUUGUCGAUGUCAUCACACCACAAGGAACUUCAACCCCCAUGCUUUCUGCCUUUUUACAGAUGGACAAGGCCAUCGAGGUUGAGUCUCCCGCCGUCGAGGUCGUCCGUAUACCUACAGACACGAAGAACAUGCUCUCGCAGAGGCUUCCCGGCUACAUGGUUCCAGCUGUGUUUUUUUACAUGCGGAGACUGCCACAAACUCCCUCCGGAAAGACAGACCGAAUCCAACUUCGUCAGGUUGGCGGGUCAUUUUCUAUCCAGCAGCUGGCCACGAUACAGACCAACGGGCAAGGCCCAAAGCGGCAGCCUUUAUCAGAAGCAGAGCGAAAGAUGCAGCAUAUAUGGGCACAGGUGCUGAACAUUGACAUGGCAUCAAUUGGUUUAGAUGACAACUUUUUCGAGCUCGGAGGAGAUUCGAUUAGUGUCAUGAAGCUGGUAGCACAAGCUCGAAAAGAAGGCCUUGUUCUCACAGUGGCAGCCAUCUUCCGCCAGCCAACACUUGCCAAUGUCACUCACCAGGCCGUUGCUCAACUGGAAAAAGGACCACAGGAUCUGUCUCCGUUUUCACUCCUAGGGGAAGGUUUGGACGUGAAGGCGUUUGCCGAAGCCGCCAUGAAACAACACCAAAUUCCCACGUCCGUCACCAUCCUGGAUGCCUUUCCAUGCACGCCACUGCAGGAAGGACUCUUGUCGCUCUCGAUGAAGCGCUCGGGAAAUUAUGUCCUGCAGGCUAAACUAGAGUUGUCCUCAAACAUCGAUAUCAGCAGAUUCCGCAACGCGUGGGAGGAAGUAGUACGAUCACUUCCAAUCCUGAGGACUCGCAUCAUUGAGCACGACAGCUUGGGCCUCCUUCAGGCUGUUACUGACGAAAACAUCAGUUGGAUAGAGACAUCCGGUCUCGAUGACUACCUCGAAGCUGAUCGACAACAAACCAUGGGAGUCGGUCAACCGCUUGCCCGUUAUGCCCUUGUCGGGGAGUCGGAUGCCCGGUGGUUUGUGUGGACUGUUCAUCAUGUUCUCUACGACGGUUGGUCUGAACCACUAAUUAUCAAGGCCGUCAACAAGGCAUAUCAGGGAAGCAGCCUUGAUCUGGGGCCCAGCUUCCAGACCUUUAUAAAAUACAUCCAGGACAGCGAUACUAGCAAAAUGGUUGACUACUGGCGACAGGCGCUGAACGAUUGCGAGGCAGUGCCUUUCCCGCCUCCGAGUUCAUCUACAGAAGUGCAAGUUGCGGAUGCAUCUGUUGAACAGCCAUUACCACGCCCAAGGAAUAAGAAAUUUACAGCAUCAACGGUCAUUCGUGCUGCUUGGGCACUUGUUGCCGGCGGAGCUACCGACUCGGGAGAUGUGUGCUUUGGCGUCACCGUCUCUGGAAGAAAUGCUCCGGUUCCAGACAUCGAGCGGAUGGUUGGUCCUACCUUCGCUACCCUUCCUUUGCGGGUCCGCCUCUCGAAAAACCAGGCCAUCGCAGACUAUCUUGAAACGAUACAGCAGCAGGCAACAGACAUGAUACCCUUUGAGCAAAUGGGCCUACAUCGCAUCGCGAAAAUCUCGCCGGGCAGCCAGCAAGCCUGCAACUUCCAGACUCUUCUCGUCAUUCAGCCUCAGGAGGAGGAUGCUGGAGAGAAUGUACUUGGCGAAUGGCAUGAUGGUGACCAACACCAGUGGUUCAAUACUCAUGGACUCACCAUUCUGGUACAGAUCAGCGCUAGUGACAUUACUGUCAAGGCAAGCUUCAACGCAAAGGUAAUUUCGGCAUGGGCCGUGCAACUGCUACUGCAACAGCUUGCACACGUUAUGCAGCAGCUCGACAAUGGAGGUGUUAAAGCACUGGCAACCAUUGCCAUGGCUACUCCCCAGGAUCUCGAAAAAAUCUGGGCGUGGAACCAGAACGUUCCGCGUCCAGCUGAUCAAUGCAUUCAUGAGUUAAUUGCGGACCGAGUCCGUAUACAUCCCAACGCCCCAGCGGUGUGCGCCUGGGAUGGCGAACUUACAUAUCAACGACUCGACCAGCUCUCCUCCGACUUGGCCAGCCGUCUAGCUGACCUGGGCGUGGGACCGGCUGUAUUUGUGGCCCUCUGCUUUGAGAAAUCGAUGUGGGCGACGGUGGCGAUGCUCGCCAUGGUCAAGACUGGCGGAGCCUUCGUAUUGCUGGACGCCUCCCUUCCCCAGCAACGCCUCAAGUCCGUGGUUGGGCAAGUGGAGGCGGCCAUGAUUCUGACUUCUUCUACGAAUGAGACUUUGAGUCGACAGCUCUGUGAAAAUGUGGUCAUCGCUCAAGACUUGAUGACUGGGAUGCAAGAUAUUGUGCGCCCUCUGCCAGCCCCUGAACUUGACUCGGUCAUUUACGCUGUUUUCACUUCUGGUACUACCGGAACACCAAAGGGCGCAAUUAUUAACCAUAGAAGCUCUGCUUCGGCUGUUCUUCAUCAGAUCAAAGGGUUCGGUUAUACAACUGAAACCCGAGUGUACGAUUUUUCCACAUAUAGCUUUGACGGCUGCAUCUUGAAUGCCUUUACCGUGCUCGCUGCUGGCGGCUGCCUAUGUGUCCCUACGGAUGAUGGCCGCAAAAACAAUUUGGCUGACAGUAUGGAGUCGUUGAGAUCCAACGCCGUGUUUCUCACUCCGUCUGUUGCCGAGCUACUAUCUCCAGAACAGCUACCCUCACUGAGGUCCAUGAUUCUCGGUGGAGAAGCCAUACGUGUCAAGGACAUCCAGCCAUGGUGGGACGCAGAGUCUGUCAAGAUCAUUACUAUUUAUGGACCAAGCGAGUGUACUCCAGUCAGCAUGAUCAACCCCGAGCCGACGAGCCCCGAAAAUGCCGUCCGCCUCGGAUGGGGCGCCGGGCAAGUGACGUGGAUUGUGGACCCGGAGGAUUUCAAUUCCCUGACUCCCCUCGGGAGUAUUGGUGAGCUUCUGCUUGAAGGUCCUCUUGUCGGUCAGGGCUAUUUGCAUGAGCCGGAGAAGACGGCGGACGCCUUUAUCAUGGACCCCGUGUGGUUGCUGCAAGGCGUAGAUGGUCGCCCUGGUCGACACGGGAGACUUUACAAGACGGGUGACUUGGUUCGGUACAACCAAGAUGGCAGCAUAUCAUAUAUCGGCCGCAAAGAUGACCAAGUCAAGCUUCGUGGACAGCGAGUCGAGCUCGGCGAGGUUGAACGCCACGUUCGGAUUAGUAUGCCGCAGGCAAAGCAGGCUGUUGCUGAAGUCAUUGUGCCACGGUCGGAUAAGUCAAAUCCAGCGCUAGCCGUCUUCCUCCAGAUUGAGGACAGCAUGAUGAUCAACGGCGUCUCAACAGAAAACCCCCCCAAAGCAGCGGUCCUGCUGCCCUCUGCAGAUGUCCUGCAGAAGCUGGCCGAAAGUCUUCCCACAUAUAUGGUGCCGACAGUAUUUUUCGCAAUGCGGCAACUCCCAAUGGGCACAACCGGAAAGAUGGACAGAAAGGAGCUGCGCCGUAUUGGUUCAUCCUUUUCUGCCCAGGAGCUAGCUCAGGCACGAACAGCCCAGCAAGGGCCAAAGCGGCAACCGGCAUCAGAGGCGGAGCGGCAGAUGCAACAAGUUUGGGCAAAGGUGCUUGGUAUUCCACCAGCCUCGGUUGGCCGAGAUGACAACUUCUUCCAGCUGGGAGGCGACUCAAUAACAGCCAUGAAACUUGUGGGGGAGGCACGCAAGGCCGGUCUUGAAUUGGUGGUGGCAGACAUGUUCCGUUAUCCAAGGCUCCACGAGGCGGCGACGCAAGCCCAGAUGCUCGGUAGGAACACCAAGGUCCCCAAAAUGCUGAUAGAUGGGCCUGCUGAGCAGUCGUUUGCUCAAGCGCGCCUGUGGUUCCUGGAACAGCUUUAUCCUGGGUUGACAUGGUAUCUCAUGCCCUGCAUUAUGCGACUCACGGGACCGCUACGGCUUGAUGCAUUAACCGCAGCCUUCAUUGCCCUGGAAGAUCGCCACGAAACUUUGCGAACAACCUUUUCCACCCGAGAAGGCACCAACCUGCAGCACAUCCAUGCCGUUCGGUCAAGGGAGCUGACUGUGGUGGACAUGUCGGCGGACCAGGAGAGUCUGCCACACGUACUAUCUCAAGAUGAGACGACACCAUUCAAUCUAGAGAACGAACCGGGAUGGAGAGUCACACUCUAUCGUGUUGGUGACGACGAACACAUUUUAUCAAUUGUCUUGCACCAUAUUAUAUCCGACGGCUGGUCCAUUGACAUUCUCCGCAGAGAAUUAAGCUCGUUUUACUCUGCUGCUCUUCGUGGGGAGGAUCCGCUGUCAAACAUCGAUCCCUUGCCGAUUCAGUAUAAAGACUUUUCUGUCUGGCAAAGGCAACAAGCCCAAGUUGAUGAACAUGAGCGGCAACUCAAGUAUUGGAUGACGGAGCUAGAGACGAGUCAUCCAGCAGAAUUCUUGUGCGACAAGCCUCGACCACCCACCUUGUCUGGAAAGGCUGACGUACGGGAGGUUUGUAUAGAUGGCCCGGUAUACGACAAACUGCAGGAGUUUUGUAGGACCCAUGGCAUGACACCAUUUAUUGUGCUGCUAGCUGCAUUCCGGGCCACACACUAUCGUCUGACGGGUGAUGGCGACGGAGUCAUUGGCAGCCCCAACGCCAAUCGUGACAGAUGGGAGCUCAAGGACACAAUUGGCUUCUUUGUCAACAUGCAAUGUCUUCGUGUCAAGAUUGAAGACGAAUCUGUUACGUUUGGCGAGUUGGUCAAGCUCGUCCAAUCGGCUGCCAUUUCAUCCCUUGCCAAUCAGGAUGUGCCAUUCGAGAGACUCGUUUCAAAGUUGCGAAAGGAACGCGAUUUGUCUCGCCAUCCGCUCAUCCAGCUUGUCUUUGCUGUACACUCACAGCUAGAUCUUGGAAAGUUUGCACUCGAAGGCUAUGAAAUCGAGUACAUUGAUCAGUCAAUCACCACAAGAUUCGAUCUCGAAUUUCACUUCUUCACCGAAGAAAAAGGACUGCGUGGACAGUUGAUCUUUUCGACGGACCUCUUUCAUCCCGACACCAUAGACAACGUACUUGAAGUCUUUCGAACCGUACUCGAGAAGGGUCUCAACGAGCCACAAACACCCGUGGCCGCUUUGCCAUUAAUGACAGAUGGGGGCUACGAUAAACUUGAUUCCAUGGGACUGAUUCAAGUAAAGCAGACCGCCUACCCUCGAAACUCGAGCAUAGUCGACGAGUUCCGACAACAGGUUGCUGCCUGCGCAGACCGUGUAGCUGUCAAAGACGCCUCCUCGCAGCUGACUUAUGCUCAGCUAGAUGGCUUGUCUGAGCAUGUUGCUCAAUGGUUGAUGAGCAAGUCCCUCGCUCCAGAGACCCUUAUCGGAGUGUUUUGCGGUCGCUCUUGCCAAAGCAUCAUCGCCAUCUUGGGCAUUCUCAAGGCUAACCAUGCCUAUUUGCCAUUUGACCUCAAGAUUCCUGCAAGUCGAAUGGAAGGCAUUAUCUCGUCGAUAGGCCACAUGCUGGUUCUAACGGGAGACGGCGUACGAGUUCCCAGCUUUGCGCUCGAAGUGGAGUUUGUCAUGAUUUCAGAAGCCCUUGAGCACGGGGCACGGAUGAGUAGCAUUCAAAGGAAUACUUGCCCGAGUCCUUCACCUUCAAGUCUUGCCUAUGUCAUGUUCACUUCAGGCUCGACAGGCCGACCGAAGGGAGUCAUGGUGGAGCAUCGCAGCGUACUGCGUCUUAUCAAGGACGAUGACCUGAGGCCGCAUGGCUCAGGCAUCAUUGCGCACAUGUCCAACAUUGCCUUUGACGCUGCAACCUGGGAGAUUUACGGGGCCCUCUUGAAUGGAGGCACGGUUAUAUGUAUUGACCUUCUCACGGUGUUGGACUACGCUGCCACUUCCAGAAUCUUUGCCGAGGAGAAGAUUCAGGCCAUCUUCAUCACUCCUGCUCUGUUAAAGCAGUACCUGUCUAAUUGUCCGACUGCAAUCGGCCUCCUCGACACCAUAUAUGUUGGCGGCGACAGGCUAGACCCCCAGGAUGUAUUCACGGCUCGGAGCCUCAUGCGAGGGGGCAAGGUGUAUAACGGUUAUGGGCCUACCGAAAACACCACCUUCAGUACAACAUACCGCUUGCCUGUCAAGGAUAUUUGCGUUAACGGAGUGGCCAUUGGCAGAGCACUCAGCAACUCGGGUGCGUAUGUGAUGGACACGCAGCAAUGCCUGGUUCCGCUCGGCGUUGUUGGAGAGCUUGUGGUUACAGGAGACGGCCUCGCCAGGGGUUAUCUGGAUUCUCAAAGAAACACCGGUCGGUUUAUCAAUGUUACGAUCGACGGCAAGACGGUCAGGGCCUAUCGAACCGGCGAUCUUGCUCGGUGCCGGCCAUCCGAUGGGCAGAUUGAGUGCCUGAGGCGAAUGGACGCCCAAGUCAAGAUUCGAGGCCAGCGUGUCGAGCUGGGAGAAAUCGAGCACGUACUGCGCAACCAUGAGUCGGUGAAUGAUGCAGUUGUUACGCUACAGCAAGAUCCCCAGGGCGCCCGCCUCAUUGGGUUUAUCACACUUGAUGAGCCCGACAUUCAACACAAGGUUCAACGUAUGGAACAAGAAGUGGAUGGCGACGACGAAAAAAAGCAAGUCGAAGUGUGGGAGGAGUCUUUUGACACGGACAUUUAUGCAGGCUUCGACAAUGUGAAGCCUGAGCUGAUUGGACGAGACUUUGUCGGUUGGACCUCCAUGUACGACGGAAGUGAGAUUGACAAGGGCGAAAUGAAUGAGUGGCUAGAUGACACCAUUGACACGAUCCUCAAUGGCGGCCAGGCCGGUCAUGUUCUUGAGCUUGGAUCUGGUUCCGGCAUGAUUCUCUUCAACCUAUGCAACAACGGAAUGCGGAGCUAUGUUGGCCUUGACCCGUCCCAGAAAGCAGUCGAAUUCGUCACAAGGGCAGCAAAGUCUAUGCCUAUGGCGGACAAGAUCCGGAUGUACAAGGGCACGGCGACCGAUGUUGGUCAUCUGGGCCUGACAACCGAAUAUGAUCUCGCCAUUGUCAACUCGGUUGCUCAAUACUUUCCCAGCUUGAAGUAUCUUACCAAGGUGGUCGAACGUGUUCUCCAGCAGAAUGCAAAGACCUUCUUCUUUGGCGAUAUGCGAUCUUACGCCAUGUACAAGGAGUUUACAGUCACCCGCUCAUUGUACAGGGUUGGAAAGAAGCCAACAAAGGAUGACUUGCGCCGACAGAUGGCCAGCAUGGAGCAGAUGGAGGUGGAAUUCCAAGUUGAUCCAGCAUUUUUUACUGCACUGCCAAGUCUGCUACCUGAUCUUGUCGAGCACGUUGAGAUUCUUCCAAAGAAGAUGCAGGCUACAAACGAGCUUAGCUGUUAUCGCUAUGCUGCCGUGGUGCAUGGCAAGGGCCAAGGCUUGCAAAUUCGCGACGCGGAAGGUCCAUGGAUUGACUUUAUGAAAGAUGGGCUACAUCAUGAGUCGCUUCUGAAGCUCUUGCAAUCUUCAACUUCACCCACCGUGUCCGUUGCCAAUAUUCCUUACAGCAAGACAAUCUUUGAAAGACAUGUCCUAGACAUGCUUGGCGAUGCAGACGGUGACGAAGACUGGCUAUCAUCUGCUCGCCAAAAGGCCAACGAUUGUGCUUCAUUGUGUGCGAUUGAUCUCGUGCAGUUGGCCAGGUCUACUGGGUACCAGGUGGAAAUUAGCUGGGCUCGUCAACGCUCCCAGCGCGGUGGCCUGGAUGCCAUCUUUCACCGACACGAAUCCAAUGGACAGAGGGUCAUGUUUCGGUUCCCCAUUGACGAUGCACAUCAGUCGCUUAGCAGCCAGCCACUUCGGCAGCAGGUGAAACAAAAGAUUCGGGAACAGCUUCGAGAUGGGAUGCAGAGCCAGUUGCUUCCUUACAUGAUUCCUCAGGCGGUCCAUAUACUCGACAAGAUGCCCGUCAACGAAAACGGCAAAGUCGAUCGCCGCGCCCUUACUGAAAGCCUGCAGAGCCGAGCAACGAGGGGACCACUCCGGCAGCCGACAAGCAAGACGCAGCGGCAGCUACAAGCAAUCUGGGCCCAGGUUCUUAACACUGAUGCCAACUCGAUUGGCUUGGAUGACAGUUUCUUCCAGGUUGGUGGUGACUCCCUGGGUGCUAUGAGGCUUGUCGGCGAUGCUCGCAAAAUAGGACUCAACCUCGCAGUAGCCGACGUCUUCCGCCGCCCGGUGUUGCGUGACAUGGCUGAAGGCCUUCCUUUGGCCAAGGCCAUGGAGAGCAUUCCAAAGACGGAGGUGGAUGGCCCUGUCGAGCAAUCGUUUGCCCAGCGGCGCCUUUGGUUCUUGGAACAAUUAUACCCAGGCUUGACUUGGUACAUGAUGCCAAGCGCAAUACGGCUUCGGGGCCACCUUGAGCUCGAUGCUCUCAAUACGGCAGUCCUCGCCUUGGAAAAGCGGCACGAGACUCUUCGAACCACAUUUGUGUCUCAAAACGAUGUCCACCUGCAGGAGGUGCAUCCUUUCCAGGCCAAGAAGAUUAGGGUUGUCAGUGUUACCGAGGACAACCUGAUGAAAGCAUUGGAAGACGACCAGAGGACGCCAUUUGAUCUCAAGACCGAGCCAGGCUGGAGGGUUACAGUCUUUCGUCUGGAUGACACCAAUUAUUUGCUUUCCAUCAUCAUGCAUCAUAUCGUGUCUGAUGGUUGGUCUGUCGAUAUCCUUCGUGCGGAGCUGGAGAAGUUCUAUUCGGCCGCGAUCCGAAACCAGGACCCUCUGGCCCUCGUUGAAUCGUUACCUAUCCAGUACAGAGACUUUUCCGUUUGGCAGAAGCAGCAAGACCAACUAGACGAGCACCAGCGACAACUCUCCUACUGGGUCAAACAGCUAGAAACUAGCCAGCCAGCAGAGUUUCUCUGUGACAAGCCCAGGCCGGCGGCCCUUUCCGGAGAAGCAGCUGUGGAAAGCCUUCGAAUCGAUGGCGCAUUGUAUCAGCAGCUGCGGACAUUCUGCCGCACACAGAGCGUGACGCCUUUUGUAGCUCUCCUUUCUACCUUUAGGGUAGCGCAUUUCUUCUUGACUGGCUCGACUGAUGCAACCAUGGGAACAGUCAACGCAAACCGCGACCGCUGGGAAGUCAAAGACAUGAUUGGGUUCUUUGUUAAUAUGCAAUGCAUUCGAAUCAGGGUCGAGGCCGAGUCCUUUAAGCAACUUGUCCAGCAGGUUCACGCAACAACCAUUGCCUCCUUUGCCAAUCAAGACGUCCCUUUCGAAAAUAUUGUUUCUCAGCUAAACAGAGGCAGGGACUUGUCACGUCACCCGCUUGCGCAGCUUGUCUUUGCUCUGCAUUCUCAGAUGGACCUCGGCGAGUUUGUGCUGGAGGGUUUGGACACCGAAAUGGUCAAGGUACCGCCCACCACUAGAUUCGAUCUCGAGUUCCAUUUCUUCCAGGAACAGGAGGCCUUCCAAGGUGAGGUCCUUUACUCUACAGACCUAUUUGAUGCCCAGACAAUUCGCAACAUGCUGUCGGUCUUCAAGAGAGUUCUCGAGGCCGGCCUUGGAGAUCCGAACGCGGCAAUAACGUCAAUGUCGCUGCUCUCGGAUGCUGACUACGCCAAGCUCGAUCAAAUGGGUCUUGUCGAGAUUGAUCGAGUGGAUUGCCCCGACGCCAGCAUCGUUGAUCUCUUCCGUCAGCAGGCUCUGCUCAAUCCUGACAAGGUUGCUGUCAAGGAUUCAUCCUCUCAGCUCACAUAUGCCGAGUUGGACCAGCAGUCCGAUUCAACUGCCAGGUGGUUAGCCAAACGCUGCCUUGCUCCUGGGACCCUCAUCGGGGUGUUUUCCAGCCGAUGCUGUCGCACCGUAGUUGCACUAUUGGGCAUCUUGAAGGCCAACCUGGCGUAUCUGCCUUUUGAUGUCCACACCCCGCGAGCACGAAUGGAGAAGAUCCUAGGCUCUGUGGAUGGGCAGACGCUCGUCCUUGUUGGAAAUAACGUGCAGGUUCCUGAGGGUCUGGACGUUUCAUUUGUUCCGAUCGCUGAGACACUCCACGAGGCCACAUCUGAGAUUCACAUCACGGCUCCCAAUGCCACCAGCCUUGCCUAUGUCAUGUUCACGUCGGGCUCUACAGGCAACCCAAAGGGCGUUAUGAUUAAUCACCGUGGUAUAGUGCGGCUGGUAAAGGGAAGCAACAUGGCGAGCUACUUGCCGUCUACUCCAACAAUGGCUCACAUCACAAAUAUCGCCUUUGAUGUCUCAGGAUGGGAAAUAUAUGGUGCUCUUCUCAACGGUGGCAUGGUAGUCUGUAUCAGUGCCAUGGAUGUAUUGGACUUUAGAGCCGUGCCUGAGAUAUUCGCCAGGGAAAAGAUUCAAGCGGCUAUAUUCACGCCGGCCCUUUUGAAGCAAUACCUCAUUCAAUGCCCUCCAGUCAUCGGUGCUCUCACUGCUCUUUAUGUGGCAGGAGACCGAGCCGACUCGCAAGAUCUAUUCAUGGCACAAGGUCUCAUGAGUGGCCAUAUCAUUAAUGCCUAUGGCCCAACUGAAAACUCGGUCAUCAGCACCCUGUAUUGCCUACAGAAUGGAGAGAGGUGCGUCAAUGGAGUGCCUAUAGGGAAGGCCAUCAGCAACUCCGGUGCAUACGUCAUGGAUCAACAACAGCAACUUGUACCGUUGGGGGUGGUCGGGGAGCUGGUGGUGACUGGGGACGGUCUUGCAAGGGGAUAUACGGAUCCGGGCCGAGAUAUCGACCGCUUUGUUACCGUCACGAUUGGUCACAAACGAGUCAAAGCUUAUCGAACAGGUGACUAUGUACGCUAUCGCACAGACGGACAGUUGGAGUUUUUCGGGCGAAUUGAUGGCCAAAUUAAGAUUCGAGGCCACCGUGUUGAGCUGGGCGAGAUUGAGCACUGUCUACGCAGUCACGACUCUGUUCACGACGCCAUUGUCGUCUUGCAAGAAGGUCAGGAGGCCCAGCUCGCCGCAUUUGUUACCGUCAAUGAAGCAACGGAAGAUGCCGGACAAGAAGAGGAUGUGACCGAUAUUGUCAAUGUGUGGGGGGAGCUUUUCGAUGCGGACACUUACAGUACGAUUCAAGACGUCAAGCCUGAGACUAUUGGAAGAGAUUUCACCGGAUGGGUUUCCACGUAUACUGGACAAGAUAUUGACAAACAGGAGAUGAAUGAGUGGCUCGACGAUACCAUGGCAACCAUCAAUGCUUACGAACCACGGAAUGUUCUCGAGAUUGGAACGGGUACCGGAAUGAUUCUCUUCAACUUGAAGGGAGUGCAAAGCUAUGUCGGCCUUGAACCUUCUGAAAAGGCAGUGGAGUUUACAGUCAGGGCAGCCAAGUCAAUGUCGAUGCUCAGAGACAAGGUUUGCGUAUACCAAGGAACAGCGGCAGACGUCAAGCGGCUACCCACAAUGUUGCCCAACCUUGUGGUCAUCAAUUCGGUUGCUCAAUAUUUUCCCAGCCAGGAAUACCUUGUCAAGGUUAUAGAAGACGUCGUUCAACUAGGCGGCGUUGAGACCCUUUUCUUCGGUGACAUCCGAUCAUAUGCCUUGAACACACAGUUCCAAGCCAGCAGAGCAUUGCGCAUCGCUGGAGAAGCUGCAAGCAAGGACGAAAUUCGCCGCAAAAUGGAGGAUAUAAAACGAGCGGACAUGGAGCUGAUGGUCGAUCCAGCCUUUUUUACUGCUCUGGCAGCUCGGUUCAAGUUUAUUCACCACGUCGAAAUUCUUCCAAAGCGGAUGAAGGCUGUAAACGAACUCAGCUGCUAUCGCUACUCUGCUGUUGUCCAUCUCCAGCACGACUCGCAGCUGCAUGUUCACGAAGUUGAAAGUGAGUGGAUCGACUUUCAAAAGAACAACUUGAACCGACAAUCGCUCUUGGAGCUCUUGGGUCAAACAUCGUCCACUCUGGCCGUCAGCAACAUUCCUUUCCAGAACACAAUCAUUGAGAGGCAUGUUGUCGAGGCACUCGACAGGGGGCAAGGCCCUGAUUGGAUCACGUCCGCCCUACGCAACGCUGAACAUUGCCCUUCAAUGUCUGUGGCCGGCUUGGUCGAGUUGGCGCAUUUGGCAUGCUUCCAGGUGGAAAUUAGCUGUGCCCGCCAGUAUUCACAGCGCGGUGGUCUUGAUGCCAUCUUCCACCGUCAACAACCGUCCCGUGGGGAUAGAGUCUUAUUCAGGUUCCCUACCGACCAUAACCGCCCUUCACAUCUGUUGACCAGCCGGCCUCUACGGUUACAGCUGUACCAGACGGUCCAAGAGGGCCUCUUCGAGAGACUUCAGACUCAGCUUCCUUCGUACAUGGUCCCCCAUGCAAUUACCGUCGUCGAUGAACUACCAAUAAACGAGAAUGGCAAGGUUGACCGCCGGGCGCUUGCAGCCAGGACUCAAACACGCACAGCGGCCCGAGCCUCGAUACGACAGCCAACUACAGACAUGGAGCGGGAGAUGCAGAGAAUCUGGUCCCAUGUGCUCCACAUCAGUUUGGAUUCCAUUGGGUUGGACGACAGUUUCUUCCACCUCGGAGGCAACUCGAUCACGGCCAUGCGCAUCGUUUCAGAGGCUCGCAAGGUGGGGUUCAAACUAUCCGUGGCGGAUAUUUUUCGUCAUGACGUGCUUGAAGACCUGGCCUGCCACCUCAGCCCAGAGGAAGAGGAGACGGACAUUGUAUUUGUUGACCGCCCGCCACCAGUCUCUGUCCUCGAGGAGAUUACCGCCCUCGGUGUCUCUGUUGACGACGUUGAGGAUGUGUUGCCUCUCACGAGCUUCCAAGAAAAGAUUGUGCUUGACGGUGAGACGGUUGGGCAACACGCAAACUACUUUUACAUUGAUCUUGAAGACUUGGAUGUAUCAAAGAUUCAAACAAGUUACUGGGCGACUUUGGACAAGUUCUCGAUUCUCCGUGCACGCUUCCUCCAUCUUGAAGGGAAGCUAUGGCAAGUUGUUUUUCGACAGCUCAGGUUGCCAAUUCACAUCGAGGAUGUAGAUGAUGUUAACCAGGCUGCCCAUCAGUUCUGUGUCAAGGACUUGCACGAGAUGAGCUCGACCGAUAUUCCAAUCUCGAUUACGCUUCUGCGACACAAGGACGGCGUGCGACUAAUUCUUCGACUCUCGCACGCUCAGUACGAUGGAAUUUCUUUUCCCAUUAUUUUGCAAUCGCUCAUGGACGAAUACAGCGGAAUCGAACGCCCUGCUGGCCCUACCUUCGGCAGGUUCCUGUCCUAUGCAGCUCAGCAACGAACAAAGGCCAUUACAUACUGGACCAAGGUUCUGACAGGAUCGUCUCUUACCGUUCCUGAACCAAUCCUCCGCCCCAAAGCCAUCUCGGGGUCGCCUCAGCGAGUCUAUGAAGAAGCAGAGAUAGAUUUGCCGCAGCUACCUAGCAAGACUACCCCGGCAACCCUACUGAGCGCGGCAUGGGCUCUGCUGCUAUCGCACAUUACCGGAGAAGACGAUGUUGUCUUUGGCCACGUCGUUGCAGGGCGCAACGCUGCUAUGUCUGGCAUUGAUGAGGUGGUCGGGACGUGCCUCAACAUUGUUCCCAUUCGCGUCAAUCUUCCCGCGGCACACACUCCCAGGCAGCUACUGCUCUCCGUGCAGGAGCAGUUCUUCUUCGGAGAGGCGGAUUUGCUUGGCUUUAAAGACAUUAUUGAGCAAUGUACGGAUUGGCCUGCUGGCACCACCUUUGACUCAAUGAUCCAGCAUCAAAACAUUGAUGAGCAUCCGGAAAUUGAGUCUGCAGGAGCCGCAUCUCAAGUGCAGUUCUUUGAGAACUCGCAUCUGGUGCCGCCGUCCUUGUUUGUAGUGUCGUACCCUAGAGGGCGCCACCUUGAUGUUAAACUCUUUGGCAAUACUCAUAUCCUGACCAAGGAGAUGGCAAAGGGUUUAAUAGAUCGUCUGUGUAAAAUUACAGAAGAAUUGGGCAACUUAGAUUGCUCGUUGCAGGUAUUACGGGAUCGCCAUGGGCGGUUAUCAGAGGAGUAG